CUCGCCUCAACCUAUAUAAGUAAAUCGGCCACCCGCGCACUGGCUCCGUUCAUUUUCUCUCUCGCGCUUGCGCCCUGACGGCUCUCUCUCUCUCUCUCUAGAUUCGUGACAGGGCUUUCACACAGUUUUAGAUAUGGAUACCUUCCUCUUCACAUCGGAGUCCGUAAAUGAAGGCCACCCUGACAAGCUAUGCGACCAAGUUUCAGAUGCAAUCCUCGAUGCUUGCCUGGAACAAGAUCCAGAAAGCAAAGUUGCCUGUGAAACCUGCACAAAAACAAACAUGGUCAUGGUGUUUGGUGAGAUCACAACAAAGGCAAAAGUAGAUUAUGAGAAGAUAGUACGAGAUACUUGCAGAGGCAUUGGCUUCACAUCGGCUGAUGUUGGCCUUGAUGCUGAUCACUGUAAGGUUCUUGUCAACAUCGAGCAACAGAGCCCUGACAUUGCCCAGGGAGUUCAUGGUCACCUAACCAAGAAGCCUGAGGAAAUUGGUGCUGGUGACCAAGGCCACAUGUUUGGCUAUGCCACCGAUGAAACCCCUGAACUUAUGCCUUUAACGCAUGUCCUUGCAACCAAGCUUGGUGCCAAGCUCACUGAGGUGAGGAAGAAUAAGACUUGCCCCUGGUUAAGGCCCGACGGAAAGACCCAGGUGACUGUUGAGUAUCAGAAUGAUGGUGGAGCUAUGGUACCCACUAGGGUUCAUACCGUUCUAAUCUCAACCCAACAUGAUGAGACUGUUACAAACGUGCAGAUUGCCAAAGAUUUGAAAGAACAUGUAAUCAAACCUGUCAUCCCUGCCAAAUACCUGGAUGAUAAGACCAUUUUCCACCUCAACCCCUCAGGCCGAUUUGUCAUUGGUGGACCACACGGAGAUGCAGGACUAACUGGUCGAAAGAUUAUCAUUGACACCUAUGGAGGGUGGGGUGCUCAUGGUGGAGGGGCUUUCUCCGGGAAGGAUCCUACUAAGGUGGACAGGAGUGGUGCAUACAUUGUUAGGCAGGCAGCCAAGAGUGUGGUGGCUUCAGGACUUGCCCGCCGCUGUAUUGUCCAGGUUUCUUAUGCUAUUGGUGUGCCCGAACCAUUGUCUGUGUUUGUUGACACUUACAAGACAGGGACGAUCCCUGACAAAGAAAUACUAACUCUGAUCAAGGAAAACUUCGACUUCAGGCCAGGAAUGAUUUCAAUUAAUCUUGACCUCAAGAGAGGAGGUAACUUCAGGUUCCAGAAGACUGCAGCUUAUGGACAUUUUGGCCGUGACGACCCAGAUUUCACUUGGGAGACGGUCAAGAUCCUCAAGGUCAAAGCUUGA